UAUCCAGUGCAAGUCUAUAACCUGUAUUACAGUAAUCACCUGGAUGACGUAUUACUGUAGUUUCAGUAGCAUCAGAGACAGAAAGAGAACAGGCAGCAAAGGCAGCCCAAGAAAGAUCAAGGCUCAAACACUCCGUGCGGCCCCUUUAAGUCACCGGCUGGGAAGACCCCCCUUUCACCGCGAGUUCGCUUCCACCCUACGGCUCUUUACCUUGUAACAUCUUAACAAGAGGGAGGAAGUAACCAAGGAUAUUAUACAAUUAAAGAAAAUGGUGGAACAUACACAUUAAACAGAAGCGAGAUACAAAUAACUGGAUAUUUCCUUUUGGAGGGGAGACAAGGAUGAUUUAUUCAGCCAGACUGGAGGAUACUCUGAUUAACAGGAAUAAAGAGGGGACCCACGUGUGAUGCCCACACUCUGGAGUUCCCUGAAGAGUCUAUAGCGGAGGGAAAUCCUGCUGGAGCAGAAGGAAUCCCACUCAUAGAUCGGAGCAUAAAUGCUGAUAUUAAGUGACCCCCUUUAGUCCCACCAGGGACAUCGUUUUGUUUCCCCAGCGAUCGCUUGUAGAUUCCCCGCCCGGUGAGCUUCUUUAGUCCCUACAGAUCCUGCAGUUCCACUGUCACUAGCAGACAGCUCAGCUGCCAAGCCCCAGGAAACUCAAGCCAUCUGUCACUAAUCGAUCUGCAAACUUGUUGCUCUUUCACCUCCCCAUCAUGCAACUUUAAUUAUUUGUAGCAGCAUUUUUAUUUGAUUCGCUUUUAAGAGUUUUUAUAUCCUGUGAUCGCAGUUCUGGUUAUUUACCAGAUCCAGAUUUUUCUUCUUUUUAAUCCCAUCUAAUUUCCAUUUGGUUAACUUUAUGGGGGAGCUCACCUAUUCUGGAGAUGCCAAGGAAAGAGUUGCCCCUGCCAGAGGGCUGGGAAGAAGCCAGGGAUGUUGAUGGAAAGGUAUAUUACAUUGAUCACAGCAAUAAAACCACCAGCUGGAUAGACCCCCGAGACAGGUUCACAAAGCCAUUGACCUUUGGUGAUUGUAUUGGCGAUGAGCUGCCCUUAGGAUGGGAAGAAGCCUAUGAUCCUCAAGUUGGUGCUUACUACAUUGACCACAACAGCCAAACCACACAGAUAGAGGACCCACGGGUACUAUGGAGAGGGCAGCAGGAAUGUAUGUUGAAGGAUUAUCUGGUGCAUGCUCAGGAAGCUUUAUGUGCACAGAAAGAAAUUUACCAAAUCAAACAACAAAGACUGGAAUUAGCUCAGCAAGAAUAUCGGCAACUGCAUGAUGUUUGGAAACAUAAACUGGGAUCCCAGACAAGCUUGGUCUCUGGCUCUUCAUCUAGCUCAAAGUAUGAUCCUGACAUUCUAAAAGCUGAAAUUGCCACAACAAAAUCCAGGGUUAACAAACUGAAGAGAGAAGUAGUGUUCAUGAGACAAGAACUUCAGUACAAAGAAAAUGGUUACCAAACACUAAAAGCGAUUGAUUUGAAAAUGUCUGGAAAACAUGUGGGCUACAAACUUGAUGAAGCGCAAGCCAUCUUAAAUGAGACGAAAGCUAUUAAAAAGGAAAUUAAUUCCGGUGAAAGAGAGAAGAAAGAUCUAAUGCAGACUCUUGCCAUGUUGAAAAAUGGUUUCCUUGAUAAGGGUUCCCAAUCAGACCUUUCGGCCAGUAACACGUCAUUAGAGAGUUCAAACCUUUCUCUUCCAAGGCAAUAUCUCAAUGUUAGCUCUCAGACUGAUAUUGCAGGCAAUCUCUCUAUGAUUAGUAAUAACCAGUUCGCUGAGAAGGUCAGAUUACGACUUCAAUAUGAAGAAGCAAAGAGAAGGAUAGCUAACUUGAAGAUACAACUGGCAAAACUAGACAGUGAAGCCUGGCCAGGAGUUCUGGAUUCUGAGAGAGACCGACUUAUCUUGAUCAAUGAAAAGGAAGAACUCUUAAAGGAAAUGCGGUUUAUCAGCCCAAGAAAGUGGAGCCAAAGUGAAGUGAAUAGGUUAGAGAAUGAGAAGAAACGCCUGGAAGAAGAUUUACAGGCCGCACGGGACAUCCACAGCAAAGCGCUAACCGAGAGAUUGAAAAUGAGCAGUAAAAGAAACCAGUUGGUGAGAGAACUUGAAGACACUACAAGAUUAAUUGCCACCCUACAUGCACAAUUAAAGAGUCUUUCUGCCAGUACACAAUCUCUUUCAUCAGGCAGCAGCCCAGGGUCUCUAGCAUCAAGCCGAGGUUCUUUAGCCACAUCAAGCCAGAAUUCCUCAACGUCUGCUAGUUUUACAGAUCUUUACUAUGAACAAUUGGAGCAUUUGGACUCAGAUUACCAGACCAAGGUGGACUUUUUGCUACAGGAAGGAGCAGUUGGUUAUCGACCUUCAGGAUGCAUUACUACUAUUCAUGAAGACGAAGUAGUAAAAUCACAGAAGAUUGAUCCAGCAAACCGUGUGCAAGUUUUGAGGUCUUUAUCUGGUACACCCAAGUCAAUGACAUCAUUGUCUCCAAGGUCAUCUCUGUCUUCUCCCUCUCCGCCUUGUUCACCUCUUGUAACAGACCCACUUUUAACUGGAGAUGCUUUCCUGAGCCAAAUGGACUUUGAUGAUAUUGCUCUAAGCAACCAUUUUUCUGAACUUGUCUUGAGUAGCGGUGAAGAUUGUUAUCAUCAAGAAAAUGAAGACAAAAAUGUAGCACAAGGUCUGAACUGCCUUGGAGUAUCUGGACUAAAACUGGCAUGCGUAUCGUCCGCUGUUUCUGACGAGUCAGUAGCUGGAGACAGUGGAGUUUAUGAAGCAACAACCCAGAGGUGUACGUCAGAUGCUGCUGUAGAAGCUACUACAUUUGACAGUGAAGAAUCAGAUGCAGUGAGCACGGCCAAGAUCAAAAUUGGAAUGAAGUAUGAUGAGAAAAGUAGGCAAUUUGCAAUAUUUGUCAUGCAGUUAGAUUAUUCAACUGCUCUGUUGCCUCAACACGACCAAAAAGUUUAUAUCCGUGUUGCUGUCCUUCCAUGUUCAGAAAGCUCAAGCUGUUUGUUUCGAACAAGAACUAUGGAUCUAACAGAUUCUCUUGGAUUUAGUGAAAUGUUUUUGGUUUCCGCAUCCCAUGCUGCUUUGCGCCAGAAGACUUUAAGAGUAGAUGUGUGCACAUUGCUAACGGACCAUCGUGAAGAAUGUCUGGGCGGCGCUCAGAUCAGCUUGGCUGAUAUUCGCAGAUCAGGAGAGACGGAGGCCCAUUGGUACAACCUCUUAAGCUAUCGGUAUCUAAAGAAGCCAAAUAAGAACAAGGGUGAGACAUGUGAAGCAGGAUUCAGAGACGAAAAUUCACAUUCUGUUUGUGCACUUCUUGAACAGACGGCUGCUGAACUGGAGGCUGUAGAAAAGAGCCUUGAGCAGAGCAGAAACAAUGUCAUUGAAGAGGAUUGGUCUGAGGAGCAAAAUAUUGUAGAGGAUCAAGACUGUGGUAGUGAAAAUGAAGGAGACGAGGAAUAUGAAGAAAAUAUACAAUGUGAACCAGAAGACUUAAAUGUACAAGGGGACUAUGAAUCAGCACCAGUAAAGGUGGAUAAAGAGACAAACACUGAAGGCCUCACCCAAUCUUCUAAUGUUGUUCGGCCGAAAGAUAAGAGAUCAACCAAUCCUGUGCAGGCCCAGUUCAUGAGAGGAAGUACCAUUAUACGGUCCAAGACUUUUUCCCCAGGCCCCCAAAGCCAGUACAUUUGUCGGCUGAACCGCAGUGACAGCGACAGCUCAACUCUAUCCAAAAAGCCACCAUUUGUAAGGAAUGCAAUGGAAAGACGCAGUGUUAGAGUCAAGCGGCCAUCCGUGAAGUCCUCUGGCACCGAGCGUUUAAUUCGCACAUCUCUGGACCUUGAAUUAGAUCUACAGGCUUCAAGGACUUGGCAUAAUCAGCUAACUCAAGAGAUUUCUGUGCUAAGAGAGCUGAAAGAACAACUAGAAGAAGCAAAACGUCAAGGUGAAAAUGAGCUGCCUCAGCGGGUGAAGGAUGAUGACAGGUUUAAGCUUUUGCUCAGACAAGUGGAGAAGCAGGUACAAAAAAUAGAGCAGAAAUAUGAGAUGCACGCGGAUAAGAUGAUGAAAGCAGCAGCAAAAGAUGUGCACAGGCUCCGUGGACAGAGCUGCAAGGAGCCAUUAGAAGUACAGUCAUUCAGGGAGAAGAUGGCAUUUUUCACCCGUCCGAGAAUAAACAUUCCAACUCUUACAGCAGAUGAUGUUUAACAUACCAGAAAGUAUUUUAUUUUUAUGUUUCUGUACUGAGCACCUCUGCAAAAGAAUGUGUCCUUUUGUAGGAGAAAUUCAAUUUCGUGGUGUUAUGAAGAUACAGAGUUUAUAUGAAGAUACAGAGUUUAUUGUCAGUUGAUGUUAUCUGUUUUAACUCAUUCAGAGUUAAAAGCGGAUUAAAGGGACACAAAGGUUUGAUUUUUUAAAUUUCAUUAAUAGAUACACUUAAGUGAAAUAAAAAAAAAACCCAGUUGUUCACAUGCAUUAAAAUGAUUUCUUCUGUUUUUACCUUUAUGCUUAAAUAUUUGCUAACUCUCACAAGCACAGCAUAUAUUUGUCAAUCACACAAGCAUACAAUCAUAAGUGUCGUGAACAUAUUUUUGCCUCUGGUAUAUACAUAAUGAGUGCAUGUGACACCUUUGGGGUCGAUUUAUCAAAGGCUUUGCAAGCCUUUUGACCCCAUACGACUGCAGGUUCUCACAAGAGAACCUGCACGCCGUAUUUGACAAGCAGCAGUCAUCAGACCGCUGCUUUCCUAACCUUUCACCACCUCUAAAGUGGUGAAUUUCAAUCUCCCUGGAAUAGUCCGACCGGGGAGACUGACAGCUCCUGCCCUCGCGUGAUUGGCUGUGGGUGGGAUUGCAUGCGAGCGCAAAAUAGUGCUUGUGUGCAAUGCUGUAUUCCAUCAGGAGAAUUCAGCCCACCAGAGGCGAGCUGUGGCGGACAGCGGCACAUAUGUGCACCCCUGUCCGUCUCAGCUUCAUAAAUCGCCCCCUUUGUAUUCACUGUGUAUGUACCACAGACCUAUACAGCACUCUUGCAUUCAGUUGACAGGAGUCUCCUUUUAUAUUAAAAAGUAGGUAAAAGGGAAAAUAUAUUUAAUGCAUAUUUAUACUUAGUAUUCUUUUUUAUUUCCAUGUGGUAUACGUAUUAAUGAAAACGAAAAUCGGACUUUUCGAUCUCUCUAAGGUGUUAAACAUCUAUUCAUCACUAAUAAAUUAAAAUGUACAGACUGUAUUUUUUUGUUUUUAGCUUGAGAAUUUCUACAAAACCAGCAUUACUUUUCCAAGGAUGUAUAGAUUGUAUAUUUAGGAUUAUGUUUUGUGACAGAGCUUUUUAAAAAUGUUCAGAUGCUGUUAUGAAUUUUGUACAGAUGUACAAUAAAGAGAGGUUUUAUUGCAAUAAAAUUUAAAUUAAAUAAACCUCAUUUCUUUAAAAAAAAAAAAAUCUAAAUAGAUCAUGUGUUAUACUGGACUCUCGAUCCAUUUUUGCCCCGUGAAGUAUUUUGUAUCAGACAUUCUAGACUAUAGUGAUGUACAAAUUUUUUUUUCAAAGAAUCUAGGGCUGUAUUUUUAGAUUCCCUUUAGUGUGGAAAGAUAAAUGUUUAAAAUGAAAUAUAACUUUGUACCUAAAAUUGGAUUAAAUAAACACUAAUAUACUUUAAAAGGUGCAUACACAAGGUCAAAAUCAAUUUUUUUAAUAAAAUCAUUCUUUAUGUUUUU